AUGUCUGAAUCCAACACUUCCUACCUCUCAGAGAAAUCUGUCUUGCCUCCAACAGCCACAUUCUCCAGCCCUGGCUCACACCCUGAGCAGGAGAAAAAAAUUGGGCCCACAUCUCCAAGGUUUGACCAAGAAUGGGAGGUAGAUCUAUGGAUGAAGUUGGCUAGGGAGUACGGUGAAGAAGCAGCCGAUGAGACAACAAGAGCAACUGGGACACGUGUGGAGGUCUUUUCACUCUUUGUUUGGAAACCCACAGAUACAAUCCGGGAUGACCUCCACGGCUUUCACACACAGUCAUGCAGCCAACUUUACAAGAUUUAUGAGUUUUUUCAAUGGAAGCCAGUUCAGGAUGCCUCAGGAUCUGGGCAGUACUUGCGGUGGGAGAGAGCAUAUGAAAAUGCUGCUCAAAGUGACCAUGCUGUCACAGAGAUGGUGCUGGAGGCCUUGGAGAAUGGGAAGGAGUACUUACAUGAUGAAUAUUUGGAUAGGCAGGUGGAAGAAUGUAAUGAUGGCACCGCCUGCUUCAUGACAACUCCCAGUCAGAAGUGGAUACAGCGUGGUUGCAGUAUUUUGGUGUUAAAGCUUGUCAAAGUUGAGGUAUACAACAGUCUUAAGGAUACCAAGGAAGACGUGCACCCAGUUAACCAGGGAAAUGAAGUCGCAUCUGUGGGAGGCACAAGGAAAGUAGGAACAGAUCAAAGUACAGUUUCAGGUAAUAAAACCGUUUCUGCAGCAAGUUGGUGGAAUGUACUGGAAAGGAUCUUUUCUCUGGCCUCUUAUACACUGCUGGGGUCAGGGUCAUCUGCUCAUACCAAGGCAUUGAUUCCUGAAGGAGAAUUGAGGAAGAGGGUCCUGAGUGAGAUGUAUGAAAAGAUGUUUCAUCAGAAGAAUAACAAGACUGUAGAGGCUCUCUCCAAGUGCUCAAGCUCAACUGGGAAGUUCAAAUGUCAUGUCACAAACCAUGUCGUGACAUCCCUGACAACUACCAUCACCGACCCUCCUGUCACCAUCACCGAACCACUAUCCACCACCACCCCAAGCCACUGA